ACACGCACACAUGUAUUUUGCAUCAAGAGAUACAGAUAUAGCACGCAAAUACAUGUACGCUCACGCACGCAUACAAACAAUCAUAUCGUGUGUGUGAGUGUCACACACCAGACGAAGACGACGAGUCGAGGAGCACGCGUACGCGAUAUGUGUUGUGUAUAUACUUGUAAAACUACUGGCAGUCAUCAUAACGAGUUGAGUCUGCAAAUCGACAAGAUCUCGGAUCAUCACACUCGCACGGUGGUAUCCGCGCGAUCUACGCAAUUCGGGGCUCACAGACGAGCGAAAGUGCCGCGCGUCGAACGAUCGACGAAAGUGUCUCUCCUCGAUUACAACCAGCAACUUAACGAGCAGUCACCCAUAAGAAGAGGAAAGAAAAAUCGGUUUGAUAAUUUUCCCUGCCGUCGGCGUCGCAAUUGUGCAGCACGACGAUAUAGAUAAACAACGCGAUGGCUGGUUCAUCAUCGAACAACGAGGAGCAGGCCUCGGGUCAGGAUAACGGCCAAUUAGCGGUCGAGCUCAUAUUGAAGCCGGAAUGUCCAGCGGACUUGGAUCUCAGAUCGUUACCGCACUGGAUGGCGCUGGAACUCUACAAGGAACUGAACGAGGACGACAAGUACAUUAAGGUGGCCGAGUACUUGGCUCCAAUAAUACAUUACGGCGAAGAUUGGAUAAAGAGCCUGGCCAUACCGAACUAUCGCGAACCGCACAAGACGCCGGCCCAAAGGCUCAUCGAAGAGAUGAACUGCAAAGGCGGCGACGUGGGCGUUCUGCACAGAGUUUUGUCGGACUUGAAUAUGUUCGGCGCAUUGAGCGUCAUCUGCCAGCCUGUGCGAUUCAAGAUAAUUCGUCAUCCGCACGACGCUUUCGGAAAAAAGAAAAGGAAGAUUUACAUCCGUCACGGCGAUACGAUUAGCAUCAAGUGCGAGGCCUUCGGACUGCCGCCACCGCGAUACCAGUGGUACCUCAACGACGAUGCCCUGGAAGGCCAAACCAGAUCAACUUUGACGAUCACCAUGACAAAGAGCUCGCAAGUCGGCAUGUAUCAGUGCGUGGUGCGACAGGUGGACCAGCACGGCGACAGCACGCGCGAGGAGAAGUCGCGCGGGCUCAGGAUCGACAUGUCGCCCAUCUCGGUGCGCGUCACGGAGCAACCGCCCUCCUCCGUCCAGGUGAACGUCGGCGGCACUCUGAAGAUCUCCUGUGGGGCGAUCGGCUAUCCGGAGAAUCUGCUCUUCCAGUGGUACAGGAACAACGAUCUCAUCCACUCACACUACCCGGACAAAGAAGCGGCGCAAGAGAACAACGACGUCGACGACGAUAACGACAACAACGAGCCGAAAGCUUGGAAUUAUAAUCGCUCGGUUUUGCAGAUCGACAACUGCCAGAUCGAGGACACCGCCCUUUACACGUGCCGCGUGUCCAACAGUGUUAGCGACGAUCACAGCCACCAGACGCACGUGUGGGUGAGCAGUCCGUUGCCCAUUCUCCGAGGAAAAGUGGCUUUGGUGAUAGCCAAUCAACAGUACAAGUACCACGAGCCCCUCGCGACGGCCAAAGCCGACGCCAAGCUCGUGGCGUUGGCGCUCAAACAGAUCGGAUUCACGGUGAUGGUUUUCGAGGAUCUGACGAAACAACAGAUGAUCAAAGCCUUCGAAAUUUUCGGGACCUACCUAAACGAUGGCUAUUAUGGUUUCUUUUACUACGUGGGACACGGUUACAGAAUCCAAGAGAACUACAUAUUGCCGAUCGACGCUCCCGAGUACUUCGAUCACUCUCACGACAUCAGCGAGAGCACCCUGCUCACGACCACUUUGGUGGCAAAUCCCACGCUGCUCGUCACCGUCUUGGACAUGUGUCAAGAUAGCAUUGAUCCGAAGGACAAUCCGGAACUUUAUCGGGAGGCUCCGACGACGACCAGCUGGAGCAACGGUGUGGGUAUUCAGUGGAACUUGCUGCAGGCCUACUCGACGUCCUACUAUCGUCCGGCGUUCGAGGACACAGAGUCCGAUAAUGGCAUUUACGCGAGCAGCCUCGGUAGCUUACUGCCGCUGGAAGACAUCCCGGUCAAUCAACUCUUCGAGAAACUCGGUCAAAAAGUCGGUCUGGCUAUGAGAGGAAAGCUACAUUAUCAGAUCCCUAUGUACUCGACGUCGGUCACUCAGCCAUUCAAACUUAUCGAACUUCCACACCGCAAAUAUACCUGCGCGAAGAUAAACAAAUUGUCGGAGAGUCUGAAAUUCUCCGCGGAUUGUGUCGUGGAUUUAGAAUUCGCACCGCAGCCAGCGAGUGGCCGAGCCCAUAUAAAGCUGCACAUGGACAUUUUCCAGAAUUCCGUCGUGGUCCAAUUGAAGGACUUGGUCGAACCCUGGGACAAGGCCAGUAUUGUCAAUGAAAGAGAUGAAUCGACCCGCGACAUCGCAAGGGUGUUGAAUAACAAUACUUGGUAUAUCAACAAUCCAAGGGCCGCCUUGUUGGUCAAGGUUAUUUGCGGGAAGAAUGACACAACCACGGCUGUUCUGGACGUGUUAGCUUAUCUUCCAGGAAUUAUCUUGGAAUUGAACGAAAUCACCGCAGACGAGAUGAUCGCUCCAGUAGAGGGAAUCAUAAUUCCGGCGCCACCACGACCACCACCUGCGCCGCAUACAAUAGCUCCACCGACGCGAGAGAACGGAUGCGCGAUAUGGGCUACAGCAAUGCCACCGAAUUCGAUGCCAGCCCCAGACGACUGGUCGCUUUCGGACGAGGAAAAUGUGACGAACAGAGCAUACUCACAAAGAGCAUCUAAUUGGAUGUCGGACGAGGAAUAUUGGAGUGAUGAGUAUGAGAAACAAGAGCCGAAAGUAGAAGUGAAUAAUGGGGGUGCGGAAGAAGAGCAAGUUGACAAUGGUCCACUUGGAGAAGUAAAGACGCCCUUGCAAAGCCCGGAAAAAAUUAAACGCGUGCAAUGGAAAGACAAGUCGAGCCCGAUAUAUACGAUCUCGAAUAAUGAUUUGGUAUUGACACCGAGCAAUGUUGUGCAAAUUUUAGCAGAAAAUAAUGCAGGUCCGGUUGACCAAGUUCAACAAUUACCGACAAACUCGACUGAUGAGCCGGAACAAUUGCCGGAACUCAACGGAUCGACAACAGAAAUGGCAAACAGAUCAAAUGAUGCGGAAUCGGCCCAAAAUGAUGCGAAAUCGGUUGACAAAGUCCAACUACCGUCGAAUUCGAGCGAUAAAUCAACAAUAGUGCCGAAACUCAUAAUAUCGGCACCGGAAAUGACAAACGGAUCGGCACCGGAAAUAACAAACGGAUCAAAUGCAUGUCAGAAUCUCACCCUGAUUCGCGACCCGCGAAUUUCAUCACAAAAUGUUGCGAAAUCGGUUGACCAAGUUCAACAAUUACCGACAAACUCGACCGUUACACCAAAAAUAGUACCAAAACUCCAAACAUCAGCCCCGGAAAUGGCAAAGGGAUCGGCACCAGAAAUAACAAACGGAUCAAAUGCAUAUCAGAAUCUCACCCUGAUUCGAGACCUGCAAGUUUCAUCACAAAAUGAUGCGAGAUCGCUUGACAAAGUCCAAUUACCGUCGAAUUCGAGCGAUAAACCAAAAAUAGUGCCGAAACUCAUAAUAUCGGCACCGGAAAUGACAAACGGAUCAGCACCGGAAAUAACAAAUGCAUCAAAUGCAUAUCAGAAUUUCACACCGAUUCGAGACCCGCGAAUUUCAUCACAAAAUGUUGCGAAAUCGGUUGACCAAGUUCAACAAUUACCGACAAACUCGACCGUUACACCAAAAAUAGUACCAAAACUCCAAACAUCAGCCCCGGAAAUGGCAAAGGGAUCGGCACCAGAAAUAACAAACGGAUCAAAUGCAUAUCAGAAUCUCACCCUGAUUCGAGACCUGCAAGUUUCAUCACAAAAUGAUGCGAGAUCGGUUGACAAAGUCCAAUUACCGUCGAAUUCGAGCGAUAAACCAAAAAUAGUGCCGAAACUCAUAAUAUCGGCACCGGAAAUGACAAACGGAUCAGCACCGGAAAUAACAAAUGCAUCAAAUGCAUAUCAGAAUUUCACACCGAUUCGAGACCCGCGAAUUUCAACACAAAAUGAUGCAAAAUCGGUUGACAAAGUCCAAUUACCGACAAACUCGACCGUUACACCAAAAAUAGUGCCGAAACUCAUAAUAUCGGCACCGGAAAUGGCAAAAGGAUCGACACCAGAAAUAACAAAGGGAUCAAAUGCAUAUCAGAAUCUCGCCCUGAUUCGAGAACCGCGAAUUGCAUCACAAAAUGAUGCGAGAUCGGUUGACCAAGUUCAACAAUUACCGACAAACUCGACCGUUACACCAAAAAUAGUGCCGAAAUUGAAAACAUCGGCGCCGGAAAAGACAAACGGAUCGAUACCAGAAAUGACAAACGGAUCCGCACUAAAAAUGACAAAUGGAUCGAAUGGGCAUCAGAAUUCCACACCGUCUGGCGACCUAAGAAUUUUAUCACAAAAUAAUGCAAGAUCGGUAUAUCAGGCUUAUAAAUCACUUUACGAAUCUCCCCAAGUAACAACAUUACCACCUAAAGGCAAACCCCUAACUUUACCACCGAAUAAUACAAGAUCGGUUAAUCAGACUUUACAAAUAUCGCAAAAUGCAAACGAAAUGCCUAGUCGAUCGCCGACGCUCAACAGAUCUCCUGAAGUAACAUUAUUAUCACCAAGUAGCCAACCGCUAGCUUCACCACUGAGUAAUGCCGGAUCGGUAAUUCACCCUCAGCAAACACCGCCAAAUCCGAACGAAAUGCCUAACCCAACGUCGAGGCCCAACCGAUCGCCAUCAGUAUUGUCAUUGCCACUGAGUUCCAAUUCGACAACUUUAACACCAAGUAAGAUAAAGCCGAUAGAUAAGCUUCUGCCAUCACCGGAAAAUCCGGACGACAUGCGCAACGCAUCGCAGCGAUACGCUGAAUCCUCACCAAUAAUCGUUAGACGCAUGUGGUCUGGUGGAAAUGUAACAGUAACACCAAUCGGAACUCCGAUCCCUAGUCCCCGUGACUCACCAAUGACACCAAUAAAUAUAUUUGCAUCGAAUUUAGUCUCGCUGAAUUUAACACCAUCUAAUUCGUCAACGCAAAAUGCGGUGAUUGAGCAAACCCCACCGCCCAUCACAGAAAUGACACCAGUAUUCGUAAAUCGAAUGUCUGGUGGAAGUGUAACGGUAUCACCAGUCGAAACUCCGACCGAAGAAUCGAAAAGCAUCGCAUUUUCAACGAGUAGCGACUUGCCAGCAUCAUCAUCAAAAGAUACGGAAUCGGUAGAUCAGGCUAAAAACUCACCGCAAAACUCAACUUUAUCUCCAAAAAAUGCGGAAUCGGUAGACCAGACUGAAAAAUUACCGCAAACCUCGACCGACACGCCGAAGCGAUCGUCAAUAUUCGGAAAAGUGGUAAGGAAGGUCUCUUGGGGUAGCGAUUCAACACCAAAAAAUACGGAAUCGGUAGACCAGACUAAAAAAUCACCGCAAAACUCGAUUGACACGCCGAAACGAUCGUCAAUGUUCGGAAAAGUGAUCAAAAAAGUCUCGCGGGGUAGCGAUUCGACACCAAAAAAUAAGAAAUCGGUAGACGAGGUUAAAAAAUCACCGCAAAAGUCGAUCGACACGUCGAAUGGAUCGCCAGGACUCAACGGUUCGCCACCAGCAACGAGAUCACCAAGUAAUGAUUUGUAAACUUUACCACCAAAUAAUAUAAUAUUGGUAAAUCAGCCUCUGCAAUCACCACAAAAUUCGACCAUCAUAUCGGCACCAACAAGAAAUCGUGCAUGCAGUGGCGAAAAUUGACAUUAUAAUCAAUCAAAACUCCGAAAGAUGGAGAACCAGACACGAGAGGGAAGUAGGGACUAUUCGAAGUACCAUAUAUACUUUAAAGUAUAAACGUAUCAUUAAAA